AGUUUUCCGGCCUAGUUUGCGGCUGCUCCUGCCGUGUUGCGUAGGGCGCCUGUGCUUGAGCGGUUUGUGCUUGAGGUUGGGGGUUGCGUCGCUCUCUGGUAAAGGCGUGCAGGUGUUGGCCGCGCCCUCUGAGCUGGGAUGAGCCGUGCUCCCAGUGGAAGCAAGGGAGCGCAGCCGGAGCCAUGGCCAGUACAGUGGUAGCAGUUGGACUGACCAUUGCUGCUGCAGGAUUUGCAGGCCGUUAUGUUUUGCAAGCCAUGAAGCAUAUGGAGCCUCAAGUAAAACAAGUUUUUCAAAGCCUACCAAAAUCUGCCUUCAGUGGUGGCUAUUAUAGAGGUGGGUUUGAACCCAAAAUGACAAAACGGGAAGCAGCAUUAAUACUAGGUGUAAGCCCUACUGCCAAUAAAGGGAAAAUAAGAGAUGCUCAUCGACGAAUUAUGCUUUUAAAUCAUCCUGACAAAGGAGGAUCUCCUUAUAUAGCAGCCAAAAUCAAUGAAGCUAAAGAUUUACUAGAAGGUCAAGCUAAAAAAUGAAGUAAAUGUAUGAUGAAUUUUAAGUUCAUGUUAGUUUAUGUAUAUGAGUACUAAGUUUUUAUAAUAAAAUGCCUCAGAGCUACAAUUUUAAAAAAUGAUUUAGCACAAGCUAAA